AUGCUGCCAACGAGGCUCUCUCUCGCUGCGCUCCUGGCAGCCACCUUCGGCUGCGUGGGUGCCGUCAACCUCACCAUUCCGGCCCUGGCGCAAUGCGAGCCGGCCACCUUCCAGAUCGAGGCCAAGGGCAACGUCACAAUCGGUGCAAAAGACGCCUCUCGCAUGUCAAAUGUCAUGAGAGCGUUCGUUCCGGUCAUGGGGACGGUCUCGUGGACGUGGGACAUAGUCGAGCUGCCCGAGAACGAGACGGCCAUCUUCAUCGUCACCGACUUUUUCGGCUCCUCGCCUUUCGACAUUGCGCAGCACUUUGCCACGGCCGUGGUCGGAGCCUCGCCCACCAACAACAGCGCGUGUCUGCCGAUGCGCUUCAAGCACACGCCGCAGGACCUGCCACGGCGGCAUCAGCGCAGCAUCGAGGUACCCGUCAUUGUCGGCGUGCUGAUCGGCUUCGUCGGGCUGCUAGUGGGCUUGGUGGUCCUGGUGAUGCUGCGCCGGCGCAGGGAACGACGGAUGGCGGAAAAGAACCCAGAUGCCAACGGCGAUCCGCAAGACGAGGCGCGGCGCCUGGUACCGCCCGACUACACCCCGGCAGGCGGCGGCUACAUGGCCAAGCUGGUCCCUGGCCUGCAAAUGGCGGCACCGCCGCCACCGCCCGCAGCGCCUUCGACCGCCGGCUCGCGGACGCGCUCGGGCAGGCGACGAAACUUCCGCACGUGGCGGAGGACAGACGAAGACGACCUCGACGGCGAUCUGCCGUCGUACGGCGAGAGUCAGAAUCACUCCAGAGUGAUCCCGCCCGGCUACGCGGGCUCCCUGGUCGCCGCGGCAGGAGCAGGGUCCGCGGUGGGCCAGUCGUUCGAAUUGCGAGAACGGGUACCGUCACUGCGGCUGCAGACGAUACCACUGACGCCGGCGACCGAGGUGCCCGAUCACGGCGACGACGGCGACGGCUGGGGCGGGCGGAAUAGCAUCUUUGGGCCAGGGUCAAUUGGGUCAGUGCGACCAGCACAACCUGGCGGCGGCGCCGACCUCCAACACGGCCACGGCCACGGCCACGGCGGCGGCGGCAGUAGCAGCAUCGGUGCCAGCAGCCUCGGGGGCGGCAGUCGGUCGAUCGUCACCAGCAGUACGGAUCGCAUCGAGCUGUUCCACCACCACGGCGAUCGCGACGCCGACGAAGACGAGCCCAUAACGUCGCCGCUGCUGCCAAAACACGCCGACGGCACGAAUCCAUUUGGGCGGUGA